AUGUCGCUGGUCGUUCGUGUGAUUAACUUUAUUGGUGCCCGAGCCUCAAAUUAUCGACAGUUUAAAACACUGCUCGAUGAAGUUGGAAAUAAUUAUCAUGGUCUGAUUUUGCACAGCAAGAGACUACGUGAAAUAGGUGAAGAUGACGGCCUUCUGAGGGUAAUGGUAGACAGCGGUGGCUGUUCAGGAUUUCAGUACAAAUUCCUAAUAGAAAAAAAUAUAAACGAGGAUGAUCAUGUUAUAACACAGUCGGGCGCCCGGGUAGUCAUUGAUGAUCAGUCCUUCUCGCUUCUGGACGGCUCAACCCUCGAAUACGAGGAAGAACUUAUUCGCUCCGGAUUCCGUGUCACAAAGAACCCUCAAGCAGAAAAGGGUUGCUCCUGUGGUUCAUCAUUUGCUGUUCGGCUAGAUUAG